AUGUCGAAUUUUUUCCAGAGGACUCAGAUACAGACUGCUAGGCCCACCAUCCCGACAAACACGUCUUCCAAACAGCCUGUCUCACAGACUCCUCUAGCCGUCUACCCAACUAAUCAGCCAAUCAUGAAGCCCAUGGCACCCAUGCCUUUCCCUUCCCUGCGGGCUGCACAGCUUAAAAACCUUGGGGCCCGGCGACCACCACCCAGGAAGAUCAUCAUGGGCCUGUCUUUGCACGACGAUGUUCAGCUGAAGAAAUCAGAGAAUGCCUGGAAACCAGGCAUGAAGAGGGAAAGCCUCCCAGCGGAACCAGAGUCCAACAAAACACAGGACCUGUUCAAGAAGGUCCGCAGCAUCUUGAACAAGCUGACGCCGGAGAAGUUCAGCCAGCUGGUGAAGCAGGUCUGGGACCUGACCAUCGACACUGAGGAGCGGCUCAAAGGAGUCAUCGACCUGGUGUUUGAAAAGGCCAUCGACGAGCCCAGCUUCUCGGUGGCCUACGGGAAAAUGUGCCGCUGCCUCGCCACGCUCAAAGUGCCCAUCACUGACGCUCCCAACAACACAGUGAACUUUCAAAAGCUGCUGCUAAGCCGCUGCCAGAAAGAAUUUGAGAAAGACAAGGUGGAUGAUGUGGUGUUUGAGAGGAAGCAGAAGGAGCUGGACUCUGCUGCAUCGGUAAGUACGGAGCGUGACCGACUUCAGGUAGAGCUGCAGGAGGCCAAGGACAUUGCCCGGCGGCGAUCCAUCAGCAACAUAAAGUUCAUUGGUGAACUGUUCAAGCUAAAGAUGCUAACAGAGGCCAUCAUGCAUGACUGCGUGGUGAAGCUGCUGGGGAACCACGACGAAGCUUCCCUGGAGUGUCUCUGCAGGCUGCUCACCACCAUCGGCAAGGACUUUGAUUUAGUGGAGGCCAAGCCUCGGAUGGAUCACUAUUUUAAGCAGAUGGAAAAAAUCAUCAGAGAGGGGAAGACGUCUUCACGCACAAGGUUCAUGUUGCAGGAUACCAUAGACCUAAGAUUGCACAAAUGGGUGUCAAGAAGAGCCAACCAGUGUCCAAAGACAAUUGAUCAGAUCCACAAGGAGGCAAAGCUUGAAGAGGAAGAGGAGCAGAGAAAAGUGCAGCAGCAACUGUACUUCAAGGACACCAGGAGACGGCCAGAUCCAAGGGAGCAGAGGGAGCAGAGAGAAGAGGAGACCUGGAAAACUGUGCCCAUGAGGAAGAAUGGCAGGACCAUCGACCCCAACAAGAUCCCAAAGAUCUCCAAGAUGGACGAGAAGAUCCAGCUGGGCCCUCACGGAAGUCGUAGCCGUACAGAAAAAAAGUGCAGCAACAAGCCGCUGAUCUCUGCACCGAAAGUCACUGAGGUCGAAUCUGAGCCAGAGCGCAGCAGAGUCCGAGAGCCUGGUGAAUCGACAGUGAAACCUGAGCCUGUUCGGACGAGAGAGAAACCUGCUCGGUCUGAGGAGGAGAUCGAGAGGAAGUGCAAGUCCAUCAUCGACGAGUUCCUGCACCUUAAAGAUUUCAAGGAGGCUGUCCAGUGUGUGGUGGAGCUUGAUCUGGGCUCUCAGUCGCACAUCUUCAUACGCGUGGGGGUGGAGUCGACUCUGGAGCGCAGUCAGAUCACACGGGACCACUUGGGCCAGCUCUUCUUCCAGCUGGCGCAGAAGGGAAUCCUGCCCAAACCCCAGUUCUACAAAGGGUUUGCAGACACGCUGGAGCAAGCGGACGACAUGGCCAUCGACGUUCCCCACAUCUGGCUGUACCUGGCUGAGCUGCUCAGCCCUGUGCUGAAGGAGGGGGGCUUCUCUAUGAGAGAGCUCUUUAGUGAAUUAAGCAAACAUUUGCUUCCUGUGGGAAGAGCUGGGAUCUUGAUCUCUGAAAUACUGCUCAUACUAUGCAAACAAAUGGGCCAUCGUACUGUGGCUUCUCUGUGGGAAGAAUCAGGCCUCAACUGGACUGACCUUCUGCCGGAGAAAGAGGAUGUCCAGGCUUUCAUCUCACAACAGAAACUCCAGUUUCUUCAGCCACAGAGUCCGAGUGUCUCAGAGCACAAACCUGAGCCAGAGGGCAGCAGUGUCCGAGAGCCUGGUGAGACGCACUUCACUGUCCAACACCGGACAGACAGGACGAUAAUACUGACACAUUCACUCUCUGCUUUGAACAGCCUUGCAGAGUCAGAGACUGAGCUGGAGACAGCCGCUGUUGAGCCUUCUCUCAUGCCCCCCGCUUCACUACAGGCCCAAGCCUCUAGUCCUGCUUACAGAGAGGCCUCCUCUGAAACUUUACCUGCUGACACCACUCCUCAACAGAACCCAGACAUCGAAGCCAGGACAACUCUGGGAAGCCGUACAGGCAGGAAGCGCAGGAAGAACAGAAAGCGCAGCGCAAAGCCGCUGAGCUCUGCACCGUCUCAGCCUGAUCUGUACACCAGGGGAAGCAGCUCAAAGGAGCUGCUGGAGAGUCCAACCCCGGAGGAGCCGCCAAGAGACAAGGAUGCGCCAAACCGGCAGGCCAACCCACCUGAAGCGGCCAACUCAAGUGAGCGUCCCUCAGCCAAGGAACCAGCUUCUUCUCACUUGUCCUCAGUCGAGGAGCUGAAACCCUCUUUGGUGCCACCUCAGACUCUGAACACAGACAAGCCUCUCUUAGACGCCCCUGGAACUCUGGCUGCCUUGUCUGGAGCAGCCCCCACGGCUUUGAACAGCCUUGCAGACCGUACAGGCAGGAAGCGCAGGAAGAACAGAAAGCGCAGCGCAAAGCCGCUCAGCUCUGCACCGUCUCAGCCUGAUCUGUACACCAGGGGAAGCAGCUCAAAGGAGCCAACCCCGGAGGAGCCGCCAAGAGACAGCGAGCCAGAGGGAGCUGUGCCUAGGAGACCGAAUGUCUCAGAGCACAAACCUGAGCCAGAGGGCAGCAGUGUCUCUAGUCCUGUUUACAGAGAGGCCGCCUCUGAAACUUUGCCUUCUGACACCACUCCUCAACAGGACCAAGACUUCGAAGCCAAAUGUGUGAAGACGCUGUGUUUUUACUCCUCCUCCUCCUCUGAUCUCUCUGUUUCUCAGGAGAACCUGACUGAAUCUCACCUGAGCUCGUCUCCCUACCUGAGGGCGUUGAUGACGGCUGUGUGUAAGGCAGCAGUGAAAAAUAACACCAACUGUCGAGUGCACACGGCCCUCAUUCAAAAGAGAUUACCUGUAUUGCUCCAGUACCGGAACUCAGAGAGUGAGCGACAGCUGCAUGCUCUUCAGGAACUUCAGUCGCUGAUCGUCGCCCUCGAUCAUCCUCCAAACCUCCUCAAGAUAUUCUUCGAGUGUAUGUACGACGAGGACGCAUUCUGCAAGUCGGGGACCAGAAAAGACCCGGCCAAUCAGCUGGAUAAGGGCGUGGCCCUGAAGACCGUCACAGCCUUCUUCACAUGGCUGCAGGAGGCGGAGUCGGAAGACAAUUGACGAGUUUGGAUUCCAAACUUUUGCAACGUUCCGCACUUUUUAAUUUAUUAAUAAUAAAAGGUAGUUAAAAAUG